AUGUCGCUGGUGUCUGAGCUCUACAGCCAUGGUAUUGACAGCAUCGAGACCAUCAGCAAGUUUGCAGGAGUUCAACAGAAACGUCUGCAAGCUGGCAUCGCCUUUUUGAAGGCCGACACUGAUGCCAAACUACGCCGUAACAUGAACCAGAAGUGCGAAGAGAACAAGAACCAAGUCUUGGUCGGCCAGAGAUGUUGGUACUGGCGGGUUCAAGGCUCAGGACGUCUUCAGAAGUCCAAAUGGCGUGGCCCUGCACGAUGUGUAGGUGUCGAGCUCUCCAAUGGCGGUGGCAAGACUACGGUGCAAUGGCUUGUCCAUGGAACAUCAGUGCUGAGAUGUUCACCAGCCCAUGACCUGGAAGAACCCAGAGCCCGGUCAGCAACACAGUUCAAAGACCUGGCCAAAGAUGUCGAUGUCGAGAAGCUAGAGGCGAUCCUUGAGGAUCUCUAUGAACCAGAGGAUCAUCAUCCUGGUCCUGUUCCUGCAGAUGAGGACAAUCAGUCCGAUGGCUAUGCCGCAAACGAGGCCUUUGACGACACUGUUGAAAUGCCUGGCAUCGUCAACCUGAUGCUUUGUGAUCUUCGAGAUGAGCGUGAGCGCACACCAAGGAGGAGAAGGGACAGUGACGCCUCAACUGAGCCCCCACAGACUUUGGAACAUCCACAACAACCUCAAUUUCACCUUCCUCCACAACGAGAUGAUGUUGCUGAAGGAACGGAGGAGGACACCAAGCCUGAAGAGAUCUCCAUCCCGGACGAAGCCGAUGGUGAUGAAAUGGUCGUGGAAGAUGUCAUGUUCAUUGACACCUCCAACAGCUCACUUCCUGAAGGUGUCACCUUUAUGCGUGAGAUCCUGGUUCAAUUGCCCCGAGACUGCGGGCCACUUUUGCGCUACAAUUCACACAAUCCUGUGCACAUGAGGAUGCUGAAAAGUGCUUAUAAUAGACUUGCAGAUGCCCCGUUGCUUUGGUUCCGUGACGCAACAAGGCGACUGCGCAGACUCAAACUCAUACCCCGGGAGAUCGACAAGUGCACCUUUGCAUUCUAUGAUGCUUCAGGUGAACUGAAAGGAAUGCUGAUCCUGCACGUCGACGACGUGCUGGUGGCUGGAGACAUGUCCAGCGAGUUUGGAACUAGGGUUAGCUACCUGCAGUACCUCAAGAAGAUCUGUCCGAUCACAAUUCCAAACCAACGUAGCUUGAAGGACAAGCUCAACGACUUUGAGACCUCAAAGUGCCGAGGACUUCUCGGAGCCCUUCGGUGGCCAGGAGGACAAGGCGUACCGCCUCUAUGUGCCUCAACAAGUCUACUUGGGGGAGAAUUUCCUCGUGGUGAUGGAACGGUCAUGGAAGCUCUCAACGAAGCCUUGCGUUUUGGCAAGGAGAUUGCCAACCAUCCCAUGAAGUUCCAGGAGAUUGCCUCCGGCCCUGAUCUGUUUUUGUGA